GCUGCCCCGAUCCGCACACGCGCCGCAACGCUCGCGCCCCGCCCGCUCCCGCGCAAUGUUUACAUUACACCCGACGAUCCCGCGAAAAGAUAACAGAAAGCGACAGUGCCAAUAAGUGUGCCGUUAAACUGUGGACAGUGAAUGAACCGCUCCUUGUUACUAGGGGUCGCGGGGUGAAAGUGCACCGCCGGGACAAAGGAUCGGGAUGACGUUCUCUGGAAACAUGAAGGAGAAGCCUCGAUCCGCGAAAAACGCUUGGGAGUCGGAGUUGGGCUAUGGGUGGACAGCGCCGCGGCGGUGCCGCGCGCACCGGCCGCCGGAGUCGACGAUGUCGGUGAGCAGCGACAUCCGCUUCACGCGCCGCAAGCUCAGCCGGCCCUGCCGCGGCUGCUGCGCCGCGCUGGCCGCGCUGCUCGUGCUGCUACUGCUGGCUGCCGUCGCCGUUUAUCUUGGACACAUGUACCUGUUUAGCGAUCCUCUAAACCGGCAAACAUUCCGAGGCUCGUUUGUGGCGGUGUGGGGGGAGGAGGGGGAGGAGCCCAAGGGCAAUCACACGCGGGAGGGAGCCAUGCGGCAAGCCCUGCACGAUCUCUACCGGAAUUCUGAGCUUCGGUCCUGUUUUGUGUCUGCGGAUGUACUGGCUUUAGACAGUGCGGAGGAAGGCACGCGCGUGCACUUCGAGGUGUCGUUCGAGCCUAUCUUCACGGCCGUGAGCACGGGCGAGGUGGUCGCGGUGCUGGCGCGGGAGCUCAACGCGCCCACCGGAUACUUCAACGUGACCGUGCUGCCGGAGACGAUGCACAUUGAGGAGAGCACUGUGAUAUCAUCGCAAGCGCUGCAAGAAACUGACGCAACGCCAGCAGACACGCCAACCACCGAAGCUGUGACCGCAGAAACGGUCGAGGAGCCACGAGAAUGCGCCCCUGUCACACUCUCGCUGUGUUCAAGCCUGCCAUACAACGCUACCACGUAUCCCAACCUCGUGGGGCAUCAGAAUAAGGACGCCUUGCUGAGAGAUCUAGUCGCCUUUAGAGAACUCUUGGAUGCCGAGUGCUCUCACUUAGCUCAGGACUUCGUCUGCCAAAUGCUGCAGCCCCGCUGCGCCGCCUCGCGGCUGGUGCCGCCGUGCCGCGCCUACUGCCGCGCCUUCCACGCCGGCUGCGGCGCGCGGCUGCCCGACCGCCUGCGCCCGCACUUCGACUGCUCGCGCUUCCCGGAUUACUUCGGACCCGGCUCGUGUGCGCCUGAACCGGAUUGCCGCGGCGGUCUCCAGCGGCUCGCGCUGUCCCGCCGCUCGUGCGACGGCGUGCCGGAUUGCGCAGACGCCGCGGACGAGCGCGGCUGCGCGCACUGCGCGUCGGCGGGCGGCGGAGCGCUGCGCUGCGCGCUGCACCCGCGCUGCUUGCCGAGACAUCUGCGCUGUGACGGCACGCCCGACUGCCCCGAUAACAGCGAUGAGACUGGAUGCUUGUGGGUGUCCCGUUCUCUCGCGGGUUGGCAGCGGGAGACUAGAGAGACGACACUGGGUGCGGUUCGGAGUCGCGGCGGGUACGCGGUGUGGGCGGAGCGCGGUCGCGCCGGCAAGGUUUGCGCGGCACCUUAUGAAAACGAUAGACGCGCGCUGAACAGCGUUGGAGCGUCGCUCUGCAAGGCACUCACUUUCAAAGGUGUAGUCAGUGCUGAAGCAGUUCCUGAUCUCGAAGCAGAAGCCGAGGAUUUGGAUACCGAGAAGACUGAACCCGAAUACGUUGAAAUUGUAGACCCCUUUGCGGCAGAGAUCUCAUUUUUAAAAAGCGAAUGUCCAGAGAGGAAAGUUAUAAGGAUUAUAUGUGAUCAAUUGGAGUGCGGCGUACCCUCAGCCAGAGUGGCACAGGCUACAGCCGGAGUGGACGGUCUCCUGAAGUCUGCGCAGCCCGGCGACUGGCCGUGGCACGCCGCCUUACUGCGCUCGCACGUGCACGCCUGUGACGCGGCGCUCGUGCACCCCGCCUGGCUCAUCACUACGGCGUCUUGCUUCCAAGGUCAACCGAAAGCGGAGUGGACAGCCAGACUGGGCACAGUCCGGAUACAAAGCACGACACCUUGGCAGCAAGAGCGACGGGUGGUCGGCAUGGUCCGCUCCCCGGUGGAAGGAAGCAUGUUGGCGCUGGUGAGGUUGGAAGAGCCCGUGGAAAUGACGGAUUUCGUGCGCCCGGCGUGUCUACCGGUAGACGGUCUCAACCCAGAGGAAUAUGAAGUGUGCAACACGCUGGGCUGGACGCGCAACAGGGACCAGGUGCAGCGCAUCCAGGUGCUCCCGAGCCCUAUGCACAACUGCGAGAACGCCAGCAUCGCUACCGUCAAUGGUAUCUGUGCUGAGCCGCUCUACAAUCAGGACGACUGCGAUGAGGAAGAAUACGCAGGCAGCUCCAUGAUGUGCUUCGACAAGCAAAGCAAGCACUGGUCGUUGCUCGGCGUGAGCGGGUGGCGCAUCGCCUGCUCCAAGAUCGGGCUCGGCCGGCCGCGGAUCUACGACUCCGUGACGUCACACAUCGACUGGAUCCGCCGCACCAUCGCCAACGCCGCGAGGUGACCUGACCACGACUAUGAUCCUGAUCAAGCCAGAAUUGGAUUACCAAAUGUGUUCAUCAGCCGCGUAUUAGAGUAAGGGAUUGGGAGAAAAUUAUUUUUGAUACAGGUUGGCCCAAAAUAUGUUGGAAGUAUUUUUGGAUGUGUCUUCAAUCUUUAGCUAAACUAAAACAAAAAAACAUUCUCUUAUUGAAUUACAAUUAAUACAAUUAUUUAUAAAAUGUAUCAAUGAUAUUCCACAGUAUUACUCUACUGUAUAUAAAUAGCCUUAUGUACUUUUAAGGCAAACCUGUACCAAAUUCAACCUUUUAGCUUUUUAUCCUGAUGCUAGCCUCUGGUAGUAGCGACUGAAGGACAUGUGCGAUAAUUUGUUUCUAGUUCAAGAUUGUUGAUAUCACAGGAAGGGUCAAGCACACUUUUAGAUUAGAUUUCUUCUAUAAAAGGACAAUUUGUAAUGAAAAUGAUGAAAUUUCUUUUCUAAAUGUGUGCUUAACACCCAGACCUAAGCUUUUAUAGCUUAAUAGGUAUAUGUAGUCCUGAUAUGAAUUGUGUCAUUUGUAUGUAUUGUUAAGUUUGAAGAAGGAAUUGCGAACAAAUAUAGUAGUCAUUGGUGUAAUUUUAAAACAGAAACUUGAGAUAAUCAAGUUAUGAAAACUAAAUAAGUCUGUAAACAAAAUGGUUCAAACUGUGAACAAUGACUUUUACAUGAAAUUGUACCUACUGAGUACCUAACAUUUCUGUUAUAUUGUUUUAAAAUUUUAUUUUAAAUAUUUAAGGUACAAAUUGACUUCAAAUUGGGAGUCACUUAGAUGUAUUACAGAACCUAAUAAUUUUAAGAUAAUUAAUUUAUUAUACAUAAACUAUGUACAAUUUGUAAGUAAGUUUAAUUUGAUUGUAAAUACUUUUUUUAUAUAAGGAAAGACCAAAUUCGAAAUAAAACUUUUGUAAUGAA